AUUUGGUUCACUUCAGUAAACAGUGUGGGUGUUCUUCUACAGGACUAGUGAUUUUGCAGUGUGACAACAUAGACGGUGCGCAUAUAUAUCACAGAAGGGGAGAUAGCAGGGAGAGUGGAGCAGAGAGAUCCAGCUGAGCACAUUACGCAUCUGAUUCCCCACGCACUACUGUCGGAUCGCAAAAAAACACCCGAGGAGAGGCUGCUUGCUGCUGCACAUGCUUUAUUUGCUGCUACUUGUGGACAAAGUGGAUUAGUGAAUUUCGAGUCGCUGAAAGUCCGGCUCAGACUGCGUCUUUUGGGUCGGGCUGCCACCGAGCUUUGAAUGCAAACAUGAACCAAACAGCCACCGUUUCCCAAGUGAAGUGUCAAUCCUCUAAAUCCAUAAAGGACCUGGGUGGAGGGAGCCCUCCUCAGAGAAACUGGAAGGGGAUUGCCAUCGCCUUGCUGGUUAUUCUGUUGGUGUGUUCGCUCAUAACAAUGUCGGUCAUCCUCCUCACUCCAGUGGACACUCUGGCUGGCAGUGACACUAAGCUGACAGUGGAGGAUCUGUUCAGUUCUGAUUUCUAUGUACAUGAUCCUGAGGCUCGUUGGAUCAAUGAAUCUGAAGUCAUCUACAGGAACCACCAUGGCCAUGUCAUUAGGUUCAACAUCCUCACUAAUGAAACAGAUAUUAUCCUAAUGAACAGCACAUUUGUUGCUUUUAAAGCCACUAAAUACUCAAUAAGUCCUGAUAUGAAGUAUGUGCUUUUUGCCUAUGAUGUUAAACAGGUUUACCGUCACUCCUUCACAGCUUCCUACAUCAUCUACAAUAUUCACACCAGGGAGGUGUGGGAGUUGGACCCUCCAGAGGUGCUUAACUCCAGAUUACAACAUGCGGCUUGGGGAAUGCAAGGGCAACAGCUGGUGUACAUCUUCGAGAAUAAUAUAUAUUACCAGUCAGAAGUGAAGAUCAACUCACUCAGGCUCACGUCAUCAGGGAAAGAGGGCGUAGUGUACAAUGGCAUUGCUGACUGGCUCUAUGAGGAGGAGAUUUUACAUACUCAUGUCGCUCACUGGUGGUCUCCUGAUGGUGAGCGUUUGGCGUUCCUGGUGCUGAACGACAGUCUGGUCCCCAACAUGGUUCUGCCCAGCUUUACAGGGUCCACAUAUCCCAAAGGAAGACAGUAUCCUUACCCUAAGGCAGGUCAGCCCAACCCCAUGGUCAAACUGUUUGUGGUGAAUCUUUAUGGACCAACACACACUCUGGAACUCACCCCUCCGGAUGGGCUCAAACUCAGGGAGCACUAUGUAGUGAUGGUGAAAUGGAUCAGUAAGACUAAGACAGCAGUCAGGUGGUUGAAUCGAGCACAGAAUAUCUCCAUACUGACUGUGUGCGACUCUACCACUGGAGCUUGCGUCAAGAGACAUGAGGAGACAUCAGAGCUCUGGCUCUCCAAACAGGAUCAGAAGCCUUUUUUCUCACAGGAUGGCGGACGAUUUUUCCUAACUGUACCAGUGAAGCAGGGCGGCCGUGGAGAAUUUCAUCACAUUGCAAUGUUCACCACACAGGUUAGGGUGGAUCAAAACGAGGUGCGCCACCUGACAUCAGGUAACUGGGAAGUGACAGAGAUUCUGGCUUAUGAUGAAAAUUCCCAGACCAUAUAUUUCUUAAGCACUGAAGGAUCCUCAAGAAGACGGCAGCUCUUCAGUGUGUCCACAGUUGGUCUGUUCCCACGGCGAUGUCUGACCUGUGACCUGAACAAGGCCCACUGCACUUUCUUUAGUGCUGACCUCAGUCCAUCACAGCACCAUGUAAUACUGCACUGUAAAGGACCUGGAGCCCCAACAGUGAUUGUCCACACACUCCACACAGCCAAUUAUUUUAUUCUGGAGAAUAACUCUCUCCUUAAAGCUGCUCUGAGAUACAAGAGAAUCCAGAUCACAGAGUAUAAAACCCUUCAGACUGACCGCUUUGAUCUGCCUCUAAAGAUUUCCUUUCCCCCCGACUUCUCUGACUCACACCAUUAUGGACUACUGCUGAUGAUAGACAGCGUUCCUGGCGGUCAGCAGGUGGAUGACCGAUACUCAUUGGACUGGGACUCUGUACUGGUGAGCUCAGAUAAUGUGAUUGUGGCUCGUCUGGAUGGCAGAGGAAGUGGCUUCCAGGGACAAAAGAUUCUACAGGAAGUCCACAAGCGUCUGGGAGUGGUGGAGCUCCAGGAUCAACUCGCUGCUCUAGAAUACCUGAUGAAAUUUCCAUACAUAGAUCAAAACAGGAUAGGAGUGUUUGGACGGGGUUAUGGAGGGUAUGUGACGCUCCUGCUGGUGAAGUCCACUGAGAGUUUGUUUAAAUGUGCUGUGGCCAUGUCUCCAGUAACUGACUGGACUUUACAUGCUUCAGCAUUCUCAGAGCGCUACCUAGGAGUUCCAUUGCAGGAUGACAGCAGAUACCAGUCCUCCAGCGUGCUACAGAAUGUACAGGGCUUUAGAGACCAGACUGUGAUGCUUGUACAUGGAACUGCAGAUGCAAAUAUUCACUUCCAACACUCAGCUGAACUCAUUAAAAAUCUGGUGAAGAUCGGAGCCAACUAUACACUGCAGAUUUAUCCGGAUGAAGGUCACUUCCUGUCAGAACAGAGUCGGCAGCAUCUUUCAGCAUCUCUGAGCAGCUACUUCCGAUCCUGCCUGCAGGAGGAUAUCUUCCCACUCGCUGAUGAAGAUGAGGAAGAGGAGGAGUAGGCUGAAGAGUGCAUUAACAGCAGGACCUUUAUACACACACACACAUACACACCAGACCUUUCUCCACGCAGACCUGUGUAUCACACACACACACACACACACAUACACACACACACACCACUGCUCCCUGUAGGAUCCCACCUUACAAGAGGCCUGCACCUCUAAAUGGAAAGAUUUUUAGAUUUUUGAUAAGAGGGAGUAUGUGUGUGAUUAGAUAUGUAUAUAUGCAUGUGGGUUUAUGUGUUGAUGUUUAGACAAUGUGAAUGUUGAGACAUAGGCCCAAAAGGUGUGUAAGUGUUUUUGUGUGUGUGUGUAUUUACUUGCUGAUAAUGGACAUUUCUAACUGGAAACAAAUUUGGUUGUUAAAACAGCAACCAAUUCUUUCACAUAUCAGAAAUCACUUCUAUCUUAAGCCGGAUGCUUCACGCGCUGACCAAUCAUCACACAGAUUUUUUAAUUGAAUCCUGAUUUGGCCAAUCACAGUGCAGAUGGUCUGUUUGUGUGGACCUGAUCCAGUCACACAGCUGCAUGUUUGUGUUUGUUUUUUCUUCAAAUAUGUGUGCGGUAGACACUGGGACAAAAGUGCUGCACUUUGUUACCACACAAAAAUGCUCACUGUUUCCAUGGUAACAACCUUCACCGAGAAGAAGUGGCGUCUCCGUCAACAAGCUCUGAACCACGCUGAGAGGUUGAAACGAGGUUGACUCUUUUUGACAUACACACACAGACACACAGACAGGACUUUACUGAACGCUGUAAAAACCAGCUGCCCUGUCCACACACAAAACUGAAACUGUAUCCAACAGGUGAACAUAUAUAUUUCAGCAGGACAUGUUUCUGGAUCACUGUUUCUCUAUUGUAGCUAAACCAACAUUGAUUUCAACUAACUGCUAUCUGAUGUGAUCAUUGUGAGUCUGUCCUCCGAUUCCUGAGUCAUUUUUCCUGCAGAUAAAUGUUGCCAUGUCCAUGAUUUCCUCACAGAAGUAGAUUGCUUUUAACCAGAAGUUUAAGAAUUGGUCGUUUUACAGUACAUCUCCAGAUUCUAAUAAUAUACUGUAAUUAUUUUAAAUUUGCUCAUCCACAAAUACGAACCAUACUGCUCUCAUCAUGCAGGUGCUGCCACAGAGGUGUCUCCUGAUCCCAUUCAUAAAAUAGGCUCUGUACAUUUCUGUAUGCAGUAUGUUUAUAAUCUGUAAUAAUGUGAAAUGUUUUAAUAAGCUAUAAAUACUGUAUUAAACACUGCUUUGUUUAAAUAUAUUGGUAUUACUAAAAUAAUACAGCACAUUUGGUUAUUGUAGUCAGGGGUGGACAAUGUAUAGAGUAUGGAGUAUGGGCAGGUUUUCAGAUCUUGUAUUGUUUCUGGGCUGGCUUUAAUGACUGUAGACAUGGCAACCCUGCUGCAGACACAUUAGUCACUUCUAGAGAUGAAAAUAAAUGUGUGGAUCUGUAUUUGAGUUCAUAAAAUGUAUUAAUUAAUCUGUCAAUUAAAUUUUUGUCAAUACAGUCACCACUUGAUCCUUGGCAAGUUUGUGGUGAAUCUGCAAGGUGAAUGGGAAUACACCCAGUCUGUUGCAGGGUACCAUGUGCACACACAUGCAUACAGUCACUCAUACCUAGGGGCUAUUUGGCCACCAAUUGCAUGUCUUUGGGUGGAAGAAACCCACCCAGCUAGUAUCUCAAGCUCAGGACUGAACACAGGACCCCUGAGCUGUGAGGUAGGAUUACCAUUAUAACACUGAUGACAACAGAUAGCAGUGAUCAGUUACAUGUGUUAUCGUUCAAGUAAUCUAGAGACAUGUGCUACUCAAACAAAUCACAUUCACCAGGUUUCAGUUAUCACUAAAUUCCUUUGGAGCAUUUUGCAUUAUUUUUGUUAAUGUAUUUAAACUGCAAUUGUGUUACAGAUUUGACUGAGUAAAGAGCACAAUUAUGUGACAGAGAAUAAAUUAAAAGUUGAACACAGAGUGAAAUGGAAUUUCUGGGUAGUUGUCAUUAGACUAGCUUAUAGGGUAAUAGCACAGAAGUGUACACAGCAUGCAGAGGGAUUGUUUUCUUUGUAAUCUUUAGAUGUAAAUUAUUAAGGUGACAGGGGCGCAUUAAAUGACUGAAUGAGAGCAUCACGCUGAUGGCUCAGUGUGAUAUAUUGAAAGCUUCUGUAGCUUUUGUGCAACUGAAAUACUGAGAAACCUGUUCAAACGAUACACAGUGACUAACUAUACAAAACACGAGUUGAAUGUGGAACCUGAGCAUGAAUAUUCUGUACCAUAUUACCAUGUUUAAAUCUUUAGUGCAGUCAUUAAAGUCAUAGUGUGGACAGGCCCUGUGUAAGGGUGCAUGUGUGUGUAUAUACUGUAGUAGACUCCAGAGAUGGCGGUGUGGUUUGUACAGACAAGUGUAUCCAGUACAUACAGUAUAUUUUUACGAUUUAUCAGAUAUCAUAGUAGUUUAGCAAGCAGGGUGGAUAUUGUCAUCAUCUGUGUUAGUUUGAUUGUUUAUCUCUUUUGUAAUUUAGAUUUCCUGUUUUUUCUGCUUUAUUUUUGUUUGGCUGGUUGGGAUCAGGGCAAUGAGAAGGAAGACAGGUUGGAGGAUUGGGCCUUUCUGUCCUCAAGUAAUGACUAUAAAUAAACAGCUCAUCAAACUGACCCAGACUCACCGAUGUUAUAGAUUUGUUAUCUUCAUAUCAUGAAAAUCAACAAUUAUUGCAUUUAUUUAUAUGCAAUGCUGGUGAAUGUGAACCACAAAGAGAGAGUAACCAAACCAUGCAUGCCUGAGAUUAUUUAAGAAAUGCCUGUUUAUUUUUAGAUUUUAUGCUCAUCUUUAAAGUUGUUUUUACUGGGCUGGCUAUAGAAACUGUCCUGUCCCAGCUUUGUGGCUUUAUGAUUUUGUUAUAAAAUAAUCAUCCAUAAACCUUGAUUAACCAAUUAGAUUUGAUAAGCAUAAACAUUGUUGUAAAUAACUUUAUUUAAGUACAAGUAUUUAAGUAUUACAGGUAUUAUUUUCCACAACAGUUAAUUAUAAUUACAAUAAAUAUCAAUGCAAUAAUUGCUGUAAAACACAAUGUUGUGGUACAUAAUUCAAUUAUUUUUAUAUUUUGUGUAUAUUUUACAAUCUACUGACUGAAUAUUUACUUCUAAUUAGUAUGAAGGCAGUUGACUUACAACAAUAACAAUUUAAAUAAAGAGAGAAAAUAGAAAUUUAAAUUUAAAUGGAGA